UGUAGCGGAAGGUUUUAGGCCCAGCAUUGAGUGAUGGUAAGUUACCAUUUUGGGGCACCGAAAAUUGCUCUCUGACCAGCAAUUUUGAAAUCCUCAAUAACCGCCCCCAACUCCACAAUAAUAUAUUUGUAGAUUGAUUUCCGGCUCUUGGUGUGUUUUCCGUCGACUCCCCUCUUCUGCGAGCUCGUAAACUCAAUUCCUGGGCACUUUGAUCUCUUAAUUUUCUUUCCCUCUGCUUCGACUGCUUGCGUUCUUUUUUUCCUGAGACAUAGCCUCGUUUGAUCCUUCUUGAGUUUCUUUUCCUUUUCCCUUUUAAAAAAAAGUCACCGCGAGGUGGCUUCUUCUUCUACUCUUCUGGCGAUUCUUAUUUUGAUCGUGUGUUUGCCUUUUCCCCCGAAUUCGGUUUGUGGCUCCCGGCGCUCCUCUGUCACUUCCUUGGCUUUAGUUUCCAACGCGUAAGUUUCCGGAGGGACGAUGCUAGUCGGCUCUAUUCACGAAGGUGAAGAACAGAGAGAUGAAGUUGAUAAUUGUGAAUGUGUGGAUCAUACUGUUAGACUUCCGGAUGAAAUCCUCUUCAAAAUUGUUUCCUUCUUGCCCUUCCGUGAAGCAGUCAGGACUUCAAUCCUCUCAAGUAGAUGGAUAGAUGUUUGGAAAUCGGCUGAAUUGGUGCUGGACUUUGAUGCUUCGGAAGUGGUUCCUCUGUUCAAGAAGAAUUUCCCAAAUCAGGAGCACUCUCGUGACGCGUUGCGUCGUUAUGUGAAUGAUUGGGUGAUUGGGGUUGUGCGUCAAAUGUGGACGAACGCCUCAAAAGUAACAAGGGUCAAGGCUGAAUUUUUCUUGGACGAAGGAUCGUGCAAGUCUAAGGGAGAUUUGGAUACACUGUUGGAGUUUGCUAUAUCAAAAGGAGUCUGCUCCCUAGAAUUGUGCUUGACUGGGGUGUAUCACCCUCGUGUCUAUGAUUUCUCCGAGGAAUGUUUCAAUCACAUGAAAACCCCAGCUGGAUUGUCCAACAUCAAGCACCUCAAAUGCCUGCGGUUAAGUUAUGUCAAUGUGAGAGGUGAGAUUCUUGAACACUUGAUUGCUCAUUCUCCCUUGCUCGAAGAGCUAUCCGUGGAAAUUUCGUCUCCAAAGCUAGUGAAGCUCAGGAUUGUGGGCUCUGCUUCAUCUCCACUUCCAUUGAAGCGGCUGGAGCUUAUGAACAGCAACUCUCUAAAAUGGCUUGAGAUUGACAAUGCCCCUCACCUCACAGAUUUUGUAUAUCUUCAGUCUGCUCGGGAUCUCCAAUUGCGUGUGAAGAAUUGUGUCUCUCUUGUGGAUGUCACUAUUUAUCCAUCUCAGCUUGAUCUUGCUUUCCGGGACCUUUCCGGUUUCCUUGGUCAAUUGACAUCCCUUACACUAGUGGAGGCGUUUAUUAGGGUUUGGAGGUUGCAGGAUUUGGGUGCACUCACCAAUCUUAAGUUGCUAACUAUCAAGGAUCUUUUAACACGCAAACAGAGUAUCAUGGCGUUGUUUGGUGUAAUGAACCCUUUGCCUAAUUUGCACACUCUAAGGCUCCUGAUGCGGCCGUUUGAAGACAGUGGAAUGGGUUGGUUCCCACAAGAAAUUGAGGUACCUAGGGCUGUCAAAGUUUAUCACGAGAGCACUAAGGUGGUGGAAAUUAUUGGAUUCCAAGGGUGUGAAAUUGAGUGCGAGCUCAUGGAGCAUGUGCUGGAAUUUUUCGUUGGGCUCGAGAAGAUAGUAGUUGAAGUUGAUCGAGGAUUAACCGAAUCUUAUAGUGAUGCUUAUGUGCGCUCGUGUCACCACCGUCGCAGCAUCCCUGGCUAUAAGGAUUGUAAGCAUCCUAGCUCCGCUGAUGGAGACAUGGUGUUCUGCAGAUAUUGUUUCCAAGUUUACUGUCAUGGCUGCCGUGACGAACUAGCCGAGAGAGCCGUAAGAGUUGCCUUGGAGUUUAAAUCAAGAGCAGCCCCAACAAUUGAAUUUGUUGUCAUCUAGCAGUACCUUAAAAAAAAUAUUUAUGUUGUAUAUAAGCAUAUUAAUGAGAAAAUUAAGAUAUUUCGUCAUGUUUUUCUCUCAUGACCCUCCUAAUCUAAUGCUUUUUUUGGCUUAAAGUUUAGGACUUUGCUACGCUGACAUGCAUGUCAUGGUGACAUGCACUUUUCGGUCGACCUCAUAUAGGAUUAGGUCGACCUAAUCUGUUGUUUCAGUGUAAAAACAGUUUUAUGGUGCCUACUUUGGAGAUUCAUAUCUUACAAUUGGCUAGAUGGAAAUUGGCGAUCAAUGACUUGUUUUGAAGCUGAAGUGUCCCUCUACACAUUAAAGUACUUGAGAGCUCAAUAAGAAGUUCAGAAAACCAUUUUUUUGAACAUGAUCAAAAGUCUAUGCCAAAACUUGGAAACUGGCUGAAAAUGGCUAAGUCUGGGAACGUGUUUGUGAAGCCUACUUUGGAACUCAAUUCGAGAAGCAUGGAUGCGAAUCGAGUCCAGGGGCCUCUACCACGUUAAAUUAGGUAUGUUUUUAUACACAUUAAAUGCAUUGGAUGAAAGAUUGGAUAUCUUUAAGGCUUCAAACAAAAGGGUUGAAGUUGCUACGAAGGCUGUUUUUCUGGCAGUUUGCUUGUGCUCGAAGUCUGCCAAAAAAAAAGUCUUUGUAGCAACUUCGACCCUUUUGUUUGAAGCCUUACAGAUAUCCAAUCUUUGAUCCAAUGACUUGACUUUGUAUAAAAACAUACCUAAUUUAACGUGGUAGAGGCCCCUGGACUGUACUCGCAUCUAUGCUUCUCGAAUUGAGCUCCAAAGUAGGCUUAACAAACACGAUCCUAGACUUAACCAUUUUCAGCCAGUUUUCCAGUUUUGGCAUAGCCUUUUGAUCAAGUUCAAAAAUGGUCUUCUGGACUUCCUAUCGAGCUCCCAAGCACUUCAAUGUGUAGAGGGACACUCUAGCUUCAAAACAAGCCAUUAAUCUCCAAUUUCCAUCGAGCCAAUUGUAAGAUAUGAAUCUCCAAAGUAGGAUUAGAUCGACCUAAUCCUAUAUGAGGUCGACCUAAUCCUACAUGAGGUCGACCUAAUCCUAACUGAGGUCCACCGAAAGGUGCAAGUCAUCGUGACAUGCAUGUCACCGUAGGCGCACCCUAAAGUUUAAUUGUAGAUUUAAAAUAGUGACAAUUUUAAUAGAAUAACAUAUUAUGG